AUGAGUGGAUUUGGUGUGGCAGGAGGUGGUAUCGCUGGAAGCAGCAACUUUGGCGCGACCUCAGGUCAGCAGUCCGGGUUUGGCUUCAAUGCCGGGGGAUUCGGCGUGAGUAACACAACCACUGCGUCCGGGAUGGGGAAGUUGGAAACGACAGCGGUGCCAUUUGCGCAAGCCCCUCAGGCAUCUGGAGCGCAAGGCGGCUUCGGACAUGCAGUUUUCGGGGCUGCUUCCACUGCUGGCGGGGUUGCCCCAGGUGGUUUUGGCUCUGCAGCGAAACACUGCGGCUCCGGCUGGUGGGUUUGGCUCUGCAGCGACCACAGCAGCUCCAGCUGGUGGGUUUGGAUUUGCAGCGAACACUGCGUCUCCAGCUGGUGGUUUGGCUCUGCAGCGAACACUGCGGCUCCGGCUGGUGGCUUUGGCUCUGCAGCGAACACUGCAGCUCCGGCUGGUGGCUUUGGCUCUGCAGCGAACACUGCGGCUCCAGCUGGUGGCUUUGGCUCUG